AUGGCCAGCGGCGACAGCCAUUUCGCCAGCGUCUCCCAAUCCACGGCUGCUCCCGCCGCCCCUGCCACCAGCGCCCUCCUCCCCGCCGUCGUCGGCGCCGGCGCUCUGGGCGCCGCGACCUACGUCGCCGUGAAGAAGCUCACCGCGUCUCCCGCCGCCGCUCCCGCCGCACUCGCCCCCUCCUCUCCCGCUGUGACCAGCGUCCCGCCCAGCGGCAUCGUUCCGCGCGCGAAGCACGCGGCGGCGUCCGCUCUGGCGACGAUGGCGACGACGUUCCCGUCGGCGAUGCAGGAGGAGGCGUUCCUGAAGGCCGUGGCGGUGGAGCUGGCGAAGCUGGGGUUCCGCAAGGACAACGGCAUCGCGCUGGUGAACACGUGCCGCGACGAGGUGUGCCGGCCCGUGGUGAGCAUCAUCGACCGCGAGUUCGGGCUGAGCUUCAACAUCUCGGGGCUGGGCGGGCUCGUCAACUGCGGCAAGGUCGGCUUCGGAGCCGCCAUGAGCCACUCGCCCGAGUUCCCCUGCGACGUCGACGGCAACCUCAAGGAGCGAUACAUCUUCUUCGCGUUCCCGCACGUGUCCAUCGGCGAGUCGGGCGAGGUGGGGUCGCUGCUGCGUCGCGGUCGCGGUAAGCCGUCGAGCGCGUGCGGAGCGUUGAUCGCCAUCAACAACGACAUCAAGAACGGCGUGGCGCCCAGCAUGGACAGCGACGACCCCGAGUACACGCUGCUGCGCAAGAAGAUCAUGGCUAAGGUGUCGCCGGGCGGCAACCAGUCGCUGGUGGACGUGACGCGCGCGGCGCUGGCGGCGAUUAACGAGGACUUGGAGAAGCUCAUCUCGCUCACGGUGAACCCCGCCACGGCGGACUACGCCGUGAUCACGGGCGUGCAGAUCCACUCGGGCGACCAGAUUCCCGGCCAGCCCUUCCGCAUCGAGCGCACCUGCGACUACAUCGCACCCGACAAGAUAGAACCCCAUUCCCGUCGCCAUUCCUCUCACCCCUCUCAUCGCCCACUAUGCUAUCCUCGAGUUCGCCAAAUCGCCCACCCGUCUCCCUUUCCGUCGCGCGUCACGUCGCCAUCUCGUCGCCCGUCCCGUCGCCCUCUUCGUCGCCCUCUCUCCCCUCCUCUCCUCCCGUCGGCCUCUCUCUCGCCCCUCCCUACCGAUCGCCCUCCCGUCGCUCGCCCCGUCGCGCUCUCUCUCUCCGCUCCCUUCCCGUCGCCCUCUCUCUCGCCCCUCCCUUCCCGUCGCGCUCUCUCUCUCCGCGCCCUUCCCGUCGCCCUCUCUCUCGCCCCUCCCUUCCCAUCGCGUUCUCUCUCUCCGCUCCGCCCUCUCUCUCGCUCCUCCCUUCGAAUCGCGCUCUCUCUCCGCUCCCUUCCCGUCGCGCUCUCUCUCUCCGCUCCCUUCCCAUUGCCCUCUCUCUUUCUGCUCCCUUCCCAUCCUCCCUUCUCGCUCGCCUCGAAUAGCCCUCCCGGCGACCUUCGACUCUCCCAUCACGUAUGCCCUCCUUUCUCCGUCGCCUCUCUCGUUCUCCCUCUGCUAUCGCGUCAGCGUGACCCAUUUCGUACUCUGUUAUUGUGUUUGGUUUGUUUGUUUUUUCUGUCUUUCCAUCUAUUCUCGACACCCUCUCUCCCGCCGCCUAUCCUCUCUCCCGUCGCCCUCCCGUUUCCCGUCGCCCUCCCGUUUCCCGCCCCCCUCCCGUUUCCCGUCGCCCUCCCUUUUCCCGUCGCCCUCCCGUUUCCCGUCGCCCUCGCAUUUCCCGUCGCCCUCCGGUUUCCCGUCGCCCUCCCGUUUCCCGUCGCCCUCCCUUCUUCCGUCGCCCUCCCUUUUCUCGUCGCUCUCGCGUUUCCCGCCCUCCCGUUUCCCGUCGCCCUCCCGUUUUCCGUCGCCCUCCCGUUUCCCGUCGCCCUCCCGUUUCCCGUCGCCCUCGCGUUUCCCGUCGCCCUCCCGUUUCCCGUCGCCCUCCCGUUUCCCGUCGCCCCCCUUCUUCCGUCGCCCUCCCGUUUCCUACGCCCUCCCUUCCCGUCGCCCUCCCGCCUCAAGUCCAAGGCAGCACAUUGA